CCGGUACCAAGGAGACGCAGAAACCCUUUCCCCAGAUCCCCACUCGGAGGGAGAAGCGCAGACGGACAAAAGCAUUCCUGCCUUUCAAUAAAACAACACAACAAUAACUUGGCUCACCGCUAUUAUUUGCUCCAAAAUACAAAUCGAAGAGGACAGGCGUGAGAGUGAGUGAGAGAGGCUUCAGCAUCACCGGGUCUCGGGCCAGACCUUAGAAACACUAGAAAACACUUUGUAGAAACACGACAACGAAAUCGGGGAUUUCUGAACCGUUGGACGAGAACUUCAUCUGGAAGAAGGAGAGACUGAAGAUGAGGACAAUGAGGAAGAUGAGGACUGCUCUGCUGAUUUUAUCCCUCGGGCUGCUGCUGCACUGCGUCACUUCACAGGACACUGAUACUCCUUCUGCUGCCCCUCCGGCUACUCCUGCCACCACGGCUGGUCCUUCUCCUCCUACUGCUGUAGUUGCCUUGGCCACCACCGCAACGGGAGGCACUCCAACAGACAAGCCAACCGCCACCACAGCUCCUAGCGCCACCACCGCCCCCAGCACCAUCAUCACCAAGGUGUCCCCGCAUCCACCACAGACCACUGGAGCCCCACAGCCAACCAAAGCUGUUUCCACAACUUCAGAUCCAGUCAGUAUGGGACCAGCAGUGACGGUGAACCCUAUAGGGACGCCGUCAGAUACCUCGGCCCCACAGAACCUGGACCAGACGACCCAGGCCCAAAAGACCCAGGAACAAACGACCCUUCUCCCAAAGACCCAGGACCAGUCAACCCCGACCCCAAAGACCCAGGACCAACAGACCUCGGCCCCAAAGACCCAGGACCAACAGACCUCGGCCCCAAAGGCCAAGGCUCAACCGACCGGGGCCCCACUGAACCCGGGCUCACAGACCUCGGACCAGACGACCCGGGUACUACAGACCCAGGAUAAGUCAACCUCUACCCCACAGAACCAGGACCAACCGACCCCGGCCCCAAUGACCCAGGACCAGUCAACCUCGGCCCCAAAGACCCAGGAUCAACCAACCUCGGCCCCAAAGGCCCAGGACCAACAGACCUCGGCCCCAAAGACCCAGGAUCAUCUGACCUCUGCCCCAAAUGCCCAGGACCAACAGACCUCGGCCCCAAAGACCCAGGAUCAUCUGACCUCUGCCCCAAAGGCCCAGGACCAACAGACCUCGGCCCCAAAGACCCAGGAUCAUCUGACCUCUGCCCCAAAGGCCCAGGACCAACAGACCUCGGCCUCAAAGACCGUGGCCCCACAAACCAAAGCGAACCCGGGCAUCAUAGGUCCAACGGGCGUCCCGGACAUUCGUGUUCCUAGCACCCCAAACAAGGAAAUCCAUACAAAGACCUAUAUUUUCCCAAGGAGUACAAUGGCCACGUCCCAAAUGAGUGAAAAGUACAAGUUUCAAACAAGUGGAAAUUCCGAGUUCCUAAAGCGUGGAAAGUACGAGUUACAAUCGAGUGAAAAGAUCGACGACGAGAUCAAUGUGGCCGCCUGUCUGAAGCUGAUGGGCCCUAUGACCCACGGGAACUGUACCGUGACUUGGAGCGGGCACGGUGAAAACAUGAAAAUUGAGGAGGCCGUCGACAUCUGCGCCGCAGUGGCUGCCCCGUCGGCCAAUAAAGUUUGGGACAAAAUCAAGCUGGAGAUACACCCUACCAAGCCGGGCGACAAGACAACGCUGAUCGCCAUCCUGGCGUCGUGCGGGGCGCUGCUGGCCAUGAUCAUCGGCCUUGGCAUCUACGCCACGCACCACCGCAAGCCCUACCACGAGAACCAGCAACACCUGACGGAGGAGCUGCACACGGUGGAGAACGGUUACCACGACAACCCCACGCUGGAGGUGAUGGAGGUGCAGCCGGAGAUGCAGGAGAAGAAGGCGCCGCCGUGCAACGAGUUCAACGAUAGCUGGAUAGUUCCCAUGGAGUCCAUGAACAAGGAGGUGCUCCUGGAUGAGGAAGACACUCACCUGUAGGGAGGAGGAGGAGGAGGAGCAUGAGGAGGAGGACACUCACCUCCAGGGAGGAGGAGGAGCAGGAGGAGGAGGAGAACACUCACCUGUAGGGAGGAGGAGGAGGAGGAGGAGGAGGAGGAGGAGGAGGAGAAGAGAGAAAGGACUCAAUGAAAGGAGGAGGAGGAGGAGGAGGAGGAGGAGGAGGAGAGGGAGGUUCCAAACCUCCCAGUGCCUCCCUAAAACACACAGCACACACUCCCCUCGGCCGCCCACUAAGGGUUCUGAGGGUCAGGGUGUCAUAAACCACACACAGUCUUUACGACGGCGGCAGUCAUCCAGCAGUAACCCCCCCCCCCCCCCCUCCUUACACCAGAGGACGGUCCUGCUAGCCCAGAACCCGCCCCUAACAUCCCCCCAUGGACCCAUCACCCCUAGUGCCUCACCCGUCUACCGGGUGUUCUACUCAACGUUUCUCACAAAUGAAGCUUUGAAGUACAGAUAGUUUUUACGCAACACCAAACAGUAGGCAGUUCGUUGGCCGUUGAGGUAAACAUCUUUUUUUAAAGGUGACACGCCCGCUUGUGAUAUCAAAACGGCUAGUAAUGUCUAAUCAUGCUCACACCUGGUGGUAGUAUACGUCACCUUUAAAUGAAAAGGUCUGAAACAUUUCUUUGUGGGAUUCGGAGUGAGGUUUUUUAAAUAAAUGACGACGCUUUAGCAGGAGCGCUCUCUGUGGUCGGAUGUGUUUUAUCCCCACUUUCAAUAUGAUUAAUAUGACAUCAUUGCAUUAACUCGCAAAAAAAAUGAUUGGUGUCGUCCCCAUGUAGUUUGAUCGAUCAGUAAUACCAUGUGCCUGAAGAUUUCUGAUAUCAGAAUAAUUUAUCAGUAGAACCUCAGGAUAAUCCAAGUCAUCCUGGCAAACUUUGACCCUCAACCUUUGGUCUGUGGUUAACACAGACAACGAUGGCUUCGCUGCCUAAUUUGUGGACAGAAUUGAAAGAAACGAGGUAAACCGUGGAAACAUAGCAUAGUCUAUUUCUAGAAGGGCCGUUGGACUUUAUUUUGAAUGACUUGGACUGAUAAUCAUGACUUUCUCAUGUUCAAUGUGUAUAUUUGUUUGUUGGUAUGCCACUUUACGUGUGUGUUAAUUCCUACAUAUAUAACUAAUACUGACAAAAAUAUUCAUCAGUAGGUUCCUGUUUUAAAGGUCAAUGAAUAUUUGAGAAAAAACAAUCACUUUAUAUAUUUGUGCAUUUUAUUUUGAAACACGAGAAUGAUCACUGUAAAUAGUCGUCACAGAACACUAUUUUUUUCCGAUGCUCUUUGGGGGAGGGGGGGGAGGGGGAGGUAUUUCUGGUAUGUUCUUCUAAUCACAUUUUUUACAGACACAGCAAACUAAUUUUUAAAUCGAUAUUUAUAUAUUUACAAUCACAGUUGGUCUAAACUCUAUAAUCACUUUCGGCACUGCAAAAUAGAAACCACUUUUGAGUAAGUCUGUAAGGCGGGGGUGGGGGGGGGGGUUGUGUGUGCGUGUGUGUUUUUCACUUUUAUUAUACCUGUUUUGUUUUCCAACCAAACUGUUUUGUAUUUAUGGUCGGUCGGCUGCUAAGCCUGACCCACAGGGGGUCUGACACACUGGAAUCUGUAAAUCAAAUCUUCGCUUUGCUUCCCGUCGGCGGAGGCGGUCAUGUUUUUCGUAUACCUGAUAAUAAAGGAAAUGCUUUGACCUA